AUGAGUCUCUACAAGUUUCGAGGUUUCGUUGGUAAAAUAUCUGGUUAUUUAGCAAUGGAAGCAAAGGAUUUGAGGCUUCUAAAAAAAUUGAAAGAUUUGAGGGUUUUCUCCUUCAAUCUCUUCCAAUCAGGUUUCGUUGGCAAAAUAUCUGGUUAUUUAGCAAUGGAAGCAAAGGAUUUGAGGCUUCUAAAAAAAUCGAAAGAGUUUCGAGGUACAUCUCUAUCUCUCAUUUUCUGUUUGAUUUAUGGAUACACCCAUCUCCAAAAUUGCUAUAACUUUUCUUUUAGGUUUCGUUGGCAAAAUAUCUGGUUAUUUAGCAAUGGAAGCAAAGGAUUUGAGGCUUCUAAAAAAAUCGAAAGACAAUCUCAAAAGAAAAUCUCAUCUCCAUCAAGAGAUUUCUUGCCCAAGCCGUAUUCUUUUUUCCUCUAUAGGGUUUUCUCCUUCAAUCUCUUCCAAUCAGGUACUUCCGUAUAUAUAAUGUCUAAUGUUAACAUACAUGAAGAUCAUGAAAAAGAGGUGGAUGAGAUUGAAGAAGAUAACUAUAAGGAAGCAUUAUAUGAAAACAUUCGGUAUUUAUGGAUGGGAAUUCAAGCAAUUCUCUACAUGAUAAAUGAUUAUACAAAUAAUAUGUGUUGUGCACAUACUACACAUUCACUAACUAGGCAACCAAAAAUUAGAUAUGGAUAUGACUAUAUACAUAAAAUAUUAAAGGAGGAUCCAGAAAACUUUCGACAAGUUUAUAGAAUGUAUCCAAAUGUAUUUCUAAAAUUAAGCAAUAUCAUUAGAGAAAAAGGGCUCUUACAAGAUACUAGGUAUAUUUGUAUUGAAGAAAUGCUUGCAACGUUCCUACUCAUUGUUGGUCAAAAUACUUGAUAUUGCUUGAUUCGUCAAAAAUUUGGCUGAUCGCAUUUCACUACCAGCCGAAGUUUCAACAAGAUUUUACAGACGUUAAACAAAUGUGCAGUAGAUAUGAUGGUCAAAUCGGGAUCCGUUGUGCCAGAAAAAAUAAGGGAAAGUACAAGAUUUUACUCUUAC